GGGGGACUUCGGGGGCGUGGGGGGCGCCGGGGCGCGGGCCCGGCGCCAUGGGCAACCUGUUUGGUCGCAAGAAGCAGAGCCGCGUCACCGAGCAGGACAAGGCCAUCCUGCAACUGAAGCAGCAGCGGGACAAGCUGAGGCAGUACCAGAAAAGGGUCGCGCAGCAGCUGGAGCGGGAGCGGGGCAUCGCCCGGCAGCUCCUGCGGGACGGCAAGAAGGAGCGGGCCAAGCUGCUGCUGAGGAAGAAGCGGUACCGGGAGCAGCUGCUGGACAAGACGGAGAACCAGAUCGCCAGCCUGGAGACCAUGGUCCAGAGCAUCGAGUUUGCCCAGAUUGAGACAAAGGUGCUGGAGGGGCUGCGGCUGGGGAACGAGUGUCUGAACAGGAUGCACCAGGUGAUGUCCAUCGAGGAGGCGGAGCGGAUCCUCGACGAGACCCAGGAGGCCGUGGAGUACCAGCGGCAAAUCGAUGAGCUGCUGGCAGGGAGCUUCACUCAGGAGGACGAAGACGCCAUCUUGGAGGAGCUGGAUGAAAUCACUCAGGAACCAAUCGAGCUCCCCGAUGUCCCUUCAGAGCCCCUUCCUGAAAAGAACCCAGAGAAAGUCCCUGCCAAGGCCAGGCCCAGGCAGGCGGACCUGGUGGCAGCCUCCUAACUCAGCCUCCUGGAGUGGGACCGGCAGGGACUCCCCAGAGACGGAGCCACCGAGAGUUUGGGAGCAUGGCCAGCCCUGACCAGGCCCCCAGGAGGCCAGUGCCAGGCUGGGCCACCGGUGCUGACGAUGCAGCAGACACAGGGCUCUCAGCCAGGCCGACUCUGGGAGCCGUCCCUGGGUUGGGGACUGCACGGCUCCAUUCAGUCCCUCCAGCCAGACACAGCUCCUGAGGCUGUGGCUCCCAUAGGGCCAUGACCAGCCUGUCACUCCUGGUGCUGGUCACACUUCCUGUCCCUGGCCCUGUGAAGCGCUUCGGGCCACUCUCCUGUUGGAAACCGAAUCAAACCAAGCCCCUCCCUUCCCUCUCACUUCCUGCUGCUCCCUUCGUUGGCGAGGCCUUCGACCAAGGGGCACCUACCUUGGCCAGGCUUCCUGACACGCCCAGUUGUCGUGUGGAUCCGGGGGUGUGGGCCUCUCCAUGCUUCCGUCUGCAUUUGGGGGGUGGACAGGAGGGGCGCAUCCCUGCUGGCUGGACUCCAGGAGUCCUGCCUGCCCCUCAUCACUGGCGGGUCCUGCCGGGGUUCCCGGAGGUGCCGACAGGACCCGUGUGUCCACGGAACUCUGGGGCUGGAGCUUGGAACCUGCAGAGACCUGGGACCUGCCAACCUGCCAGCUCUGAGCUGUCACCCACCAUGGACAGGCUUGAGGGGGAGUCACGUUCCUGAUUCACAGUCCAUUCUGGAAUUGGUGUCGUUGGGGUGUCACUCCCAGCAGGGCAGAGGAGACUCGCCCAGCCCCCCAAAUACGUCACCCCCAUUAAAGUUGGUCCUGCACCCCUGCCA